GAGACGACAAAAAAGUCACGCCACUUUCGAGCGGUUUGAGCGCGGCGCGCUUUCGCUUUUUUUCCCCUCUGGACAGUGCUGGUCAGCUGGCCAGCUUCCCUUCCCACACUGGGUGACAGUCGCCGGGGCCACCGGAUCGACCAGUGGGCAACUGCUACCCACCCAGUAACAUGCCCGUGCUUCAGCCGAGCAGACGCGCGCGAACCGAGUGAAGCGAUGCAGCCGUACUUGGUGGACCAACGGCGAUCGGGCGUACUGCACCGGUGGGUGCCGCUGGUGCUGCUCGUGUUCGGUGCGAAACUGUCCCUCGAGAUGGCCCGCGGCGAGAUAGUGAUCUGUAACUACGAAAAGUUCCACCUGUUCGACAGCAUGUACCGGCCGCGGACGGACAACUUCUGCGUGUUUAACGACGUGUACCUCGGCAGUGACGUGAAGGGGGCCGACUUUCUGGCCAGCAGCCUCGACUAUCGGCGGGUCGCGUUCGCCAACUCCAAGUUCCCGCAGGUGCCGCCGUCGCUGUUCAAGAACUUUGACGACAUCCGGGAGCUGUACGUGCGGCGGUGCUCGCUCGAGUCGCUCAAGAUUACCCGCCUGCUCGAGAAGGUGUACGCCGGGGGCAAUCGGAUCGCGAGCGUGCAGCUAGAUGGGAAUGCGUCCAACAGCUUGCGCGAGCUGUACCUGGACGGCAACCGGCUGCAGGGGCUCGCCAACCUGACCAAUCUGCCCGCGCUCGAGGUGCUCGUGCUGGAGAACAAUCCGCUGCUCGGCAAUGUGGACUUCGGUCAGUUCGGCCGGAUGGAGCGGCUGUGGAAGCUCGACCUCGAGCGGAUCGGCAUGAGCCGGAUCAGCAACGGGCUGAAGCGACCGCUGGCCGAGCUGCGCCGGCUCGACCUGUCGAACAAUGCGCUCACGUACGUGCACGUGCGCAUGUUCCGGACGUUUCCGAAGCUGGAGCAUCUGUGGCUGCACGGCAACCGGCUGUACUACAUGGAGGCGGACCAGGUGCGCACGGUGAUGCCGUCCAUCCGCAGCAUCGUCAUCGACGACAACCGGUGGGGCUGCGGGCAUCUGGCGGCGCUCGGGAAGCAGCUGCGCGAUCGGGGCAUCAUCAUCCGGCACGGCGACUGCCGGGCGGAGCGGGCCAUCCAUCGCGUGUGCUGCUCGGACGAGACGGACGUGGUCGACAUGCGGUACCUGAUCGAGAUGGGCAUCCGGCACGAGACGCACUUCCAGCAGGAGGUGCGCGAGCUGCGGGCGGAAAACGAUAUGCUGCGGCGAGAUUUGGAGCGACUCGGCAGCCGGCUCGGCGAGCUGAUGGCGAACAUUUCGCGGCCAGCUGAGCCGGUGGUAGUGCCGAGCGGGACAGAGGAAACGGUGGAUGGGCAGGAAUCGGGCGAGCAUCCGGAAGGUAAUGACGCUGCUGCUUCGUUCGAGGAAUAUGAGGAGGAGGCAGGGAACGAAAAGUGAGGUUGGUUUAAUGUACAAAUGGGGGAGAGGGGGGUGAGAGCAGGUAUGAUUUCGGAGCAAGUUUGCUCUGUGCUAUUAGUAUGAGUAUGUCGAAGCGUUAAUUUAUUUCUUCUGGUCUGUGCGCGAGGAUACUUAGGAAGGUGAUUAGGAUAAGAAGGGAGCAUUAAACAUUUAUUUAUUAAAUUUAUUUUCUAUGACAAGCAACUGUAAAAUAAAGUAGCAUAAUUGCAGCAUAAUUAGUAUAUUAAAAAAUAUUACAUCAAUUGCUGGGGCAGUUUAGUUAUACCAUAACUUCCACAACAGGUGCUGUAAUAGUUGCUCAAAACUCGGUUUAAAUUCGGCGCUAGUCGGAAAAGUCUCCGGAGUCAAAAUGCGGAGACACAGUCGUCCAGAGUCGGUGUCGUCACGAGUUGAAGUAGGCCCGAUAUCGGCGCCAUUCGUAGUCGAACAGCAUCGUACAGUUGCAAUCUUCCAAAUUUAACUGUCGACAUUCUCUCAUUGUAACACUAUUUCUUAACAACAGCGCCACAUUG